GGCGGGUGAAGAAAAAAAAAAAGAAGCUUCAACGGCCUUUGAGUAGUUGUUUCUGCGCCGCGCUGUCUCUCUAAAACAGCCUGUGUUAAGGUUGGAUGAUAGAAGACAUUUUUUGACCUUCUCUUACAAUGACUACACGAAGAAAUGGCGUUUCCAGGCAUCAGCGGUUUGAGAGUUUUCGCGGUGAAGGACCAAAUUGGAUCUUAAUUGCUGGGGGUGCUUUGUUGAGUACAUUGUCCAUUCGUUUUGGCUACAAAUUAAAGCAGUCUAUUGACUCCAAACCUCCUCAUUCCAAUGCCACUGGUGGAUUAAAACCUAAUGGAACAACCGACAGAGGAAGAUUUAAGGGCUGCUGCUUGCAUUCUAAUGCAUCACCCUGUGAAAGGAAUAAUGAUUGUUGCUUUCACUGCACUCCCGGUGAGAGUUUGUGAGUUUGUUAUUCUUACUACUGAAUUUGCUUAUACAUAACUUCACUUCACAUAGUCUCUUACUGGGGUUUGAUUUUGUGGUAUCUUUGAAGUGAAAAGAGAUUUUGGGAGAUGUUGUCAAAUAGUUGAAAGAAUAUGGAGAUGGUUCUUACAUAUUUGUAGCCUCUAGUAUCUUGCAUAAUGAUCUUUGUAACCCAAUCAGGAACAAUAUUUGACUAAAGAUGUCUUUGUACCCCAAUCAGGAUUCAUACUUAAGUAGCUACUUACGUUAAUGAGCUGGAAACUAUGAAGGCUGUAGUAUUAUCCCCCAAUGAUGGCUUGUGUUAUGGCAGAAAAGUUUUGUGUGGGUGUUCUGAGAGUUGGCUUCUUAUUUUCAUUUAUGCAGGAACUGAGAAUGGGGAAGGAAAUCAUGCUACAAAUGAGCAAAUGGCAGAGUCCAGUACUUCUCUGCCUCUUGUGACAGUUCCUGCUUCAUCAUAUAGCAAAGAGAGUGCAGUCGUAUGGGGAUCUUCUCCUGACCACCUGGAAGUGCCGAUGAAAGCAUACCAUCAACAUUCGACCUGCUCAGAUUCUCCUUGCGUAUCUGAAUCCGGCUCAGACAUCUUCAGCAAGCGAGAAGUAAUACAGAAACUGAGGCAACAGCUGAAGAGACGUGACGACAUGAUAGUUGAAAUGCAGGAACAGAUUCUAGAGCUGCAAAACUCGCUAAACGCCCAGAUGGGACACUCUAGCCAUAUCCAAACACAGCUAGACGCAACAAACAGGGACCUGUUUGAAUCAGAAAGAGAAGUCCAGAGACUGAGAAAGGCAAUCGCUGAUCACUGCGUGGGACACACAGGUAGCAAUGGUUGGAGUGGCGAUGUGAACAGCGAAAACAACUACGAGUCACCAGAAAAUGGAAUAAGGGAUGGAGAAAGAAUAGAGAUGUUGAGAAAAGAAGUGGGUGAGCUUAAAGAAGUGAUAGAUGGGAAAGAGUAUCUACUUAGGAGCUAUAAGGAGCAGAAAACAGAGCUUUUGCAGAAGGUAAAAGAGUUGCAGCAGAGACUGGACUCGCAGCUCCCAAACAUUUUGUAGGUGAAGAAGGUUAGGCAUUGUGCAUUCUUACCACUCUCUUUUGUUUCCCCGAGUAAAAAAUAUGAAUCUUUGUUCAAAAAUAUCUCAAUUUCUCCGGGGAAACUUAUCAACUGACUACAUUGUUUUGGGUGUCAAUUAUGAUUUUAUCCAAAUUGUUUUUUUCUCUUGGUGAAGUGGAUAUUCGAAAGUUGCAAACUCAUACAAUAUCGUGUCUCAAGGCUUAAAUUGUAGAAUUGCAGUUGAAGUUUUUUACAAGAAAGUUGGUUACUUGUUCUUAAGGAAAGAGAAAGAAG